UUAAAACACCAUGCAAACACGGCUUAUUUUGAUACUCCUCGCGCUCGCGCCGCUUGUCCUGGCCAAGAAGUUCAAGGAGGAGGAGAAACCGGCGUGGGCCAAGAAGGACAUUCGCGACUACAGCGAGGCGGACUUGGAGCGCCUGCUGGAUCAGUGGGAGGAGGAUGAAGAGCCCCUGGAAGCGGAUGAGCUGCCCGAGCACCUGCGUCCGCAGCCCAAGCUGGAUCUAUCCAAUCUGGACAGCAAGAACCCCGAGGACCUGCUUAAGAUAUCCAAGAAGGGGCGCACGCUGAUGACCUUUGUGUCGGUGACCGGCAAUCCAACCAGGGAAGAAGGAGACGCCAUCACAAAGCUGUGGCAGACCAGCCUCUGGAACAACCACAUCCAGGCUGAACGCUACAUGGUCGACGAUAACCGAGCCAUCUUUCUCUUCAAGGACGGCACUCAAGCCUGGGAGGCCAAGGAUUUCCUCAUCGAACAGGAGCGCUGCAAGGGAGUUUCUAUCGAAAACAAGGAGUAUCCGGGUGUCCAUGCCAAAAAGGACGAACUCUAGGCUAGAUUAACGAUUUCAUCAGAACAUUCUCAUGCACUCCAGUAUUUUUAAGCUCAAAGUUGAACAAAUUAAAAUAAAGUGAAUUUACUGAAGA